UUCGACCACGACCGGCCGCACACAUUGUUCUGAGAUCACCAGAAAAUCUUUGAUAAUUUUGCCUUUUUGGACCACGUUACGUGCAUUAUUGUCCGCGGCUACAUGAAGUGAAGCGUUCUAAAUAGCGCUCUAUCACCACUCAUUAUAGCACAGGGGCACGUAAAUCCCUACUACAGUACAAUAAAGAUGCCGCUAAGUGAUCAAGCGGUGUCCAGUUCUGCGCAAGGCACUGCUAAAUACCCUGCGACAAGCAGGUCUCAGCAAACCUUAUAUGACUACUGGAGAACGCUUUUAAUGGAAGAGGAACGUAAUGCUGUGAGGAAUGAACGACUACUGCGUAAAUUGGAAGAUAUUGAACAGAGGACCAAUCUUCUUUACCACAGGACAGAGAGGCUAUCACAACUCAGGCGUAGGUUCGCGGAAAUGCUUCGGCAGCAGUAUCUCAAUGAUCCUGAUUUCAAAUACGAGGAUUAUCCUUACAUAUUUAAGGCAGAUCAGUAUGUGGCGCCAUCCUAUAUACCGGAUCCAAUUUUAUUUGGUUUAGAUACUCCACCAUGGAUGCCAUGCGAAGAUGAUUUAUUUCCGGCCAGAAGAUCUAAAGAAAUCUUAGAGCAAAUGGAUGCUGCUUGCGAUUCUCAUAAAAAAGCCGGUACACAGUCGACAUUAAAAGAUCAAUGUCAACAGGGCAGCGGAAGUACCCCCAACAUUCAGGAAGAGAAAAAGGAUCAGGAGAAAGACGUUUAUAACGAAUCCAAUACAGAGAAGCGUUCUACCGUGGAAAAUGCUAUCACAGUGAAGCGUAUAGUGAGAUCCGAAGUUGACAAAACACCGCAAGAAUCAGAUCAGUUGACAGGUAUUGCGGAUCAUCGAGAGCAAGAGAUGGAUGAUGACCUACAAGAAAUCAAUCGAAAGGUCAAUGAAAUUGAUCGGGAGAUAGAACGACUCGAAAUGGAGGUACGGGAUCGCGAGGUGCUCCGAAGAAGGGAAUCAGAAGAUAAAGAAACGCUCUCUCCUGAGAUAAAAGAAAAGCUACACGUGGAAGGGGACCGAUUUGAAGUGAUACGCAAAGAACAAGAAGUGAUGAGAAGUGAGGAGCAUUUAACACCACUCAGCGUCGAGGAUGUCUCUAAGAUGAAAGCUGAGGAGAUUCGGAGAAAGCAGGAAGAACACCAUAAAAAGGAAAAUGAAAAACUUCGUCAAAGGGAAAGUCGAGAUAAAAAAGGAAAAAUGCACCAAGUUGAAGGGAAUAACGCAGCAGAACGAACUUGCAGGUACUCUGUAGGAAAUGGGAGACUACCACGAACUUCAGAGCGUAAGAAAGAUAUCGAUAAGAGACACAAAAAUUUAGAAGCGCCCGACGGAGGCCAAACGGAGCAGGAAAAGGGGAAUAUUUUGAUAAAAAGCAAGUCAUCUUGUGAGACUGAGAAUGAGCACGUUAAAAAAAGCGUAUCAAACGAUGAACAGUGCAGAGAAAUUCAAGAAAACUAUACCUCAGGGGAUGACAAGAGAGGAGGAGGGGACCGGAAUACUCGAAAGGAGUAUCCAAUACAAACUAAUCUUUCAAAUGACACCAGCAUGAUGCUGGCAUCUCGUCCCGAGUCGUGUUCCUUGACAUACGUUACGGAUCAAAGUGAGUUCCACCGAACGACGGCUGAGCUCGAGGAAUUCCGAGAACCAGGAUGGCAUAGCGUGGAUCCAAAGGAUCAUAGCAGCCAGUUUAAAGGCAAGCAAGACAGUCCCUCUGAAGCAAACGAUAACGACUCGCAAGCUUAUCGAUCUGUUGAAUACAGUCAGCAGAAUACCGCAAAUCCCGAAGACCAAACGGUUUAUAGAGAAGUGCCAAAAAGUGGCCAGCAUACCCCACGGCACAACGUCUUGCAACCAGGACCGGGAAUCCUUAAAAAUAAGGGGGUUUCUGGUAUCUCUGACACGAGGCGAUCUUCAUUUGUAUCACGCGGAGCGGAUUCGACAAUCGUGGAACUCGACAGGCCACAAGAUGAUCCUUCCUCCACACCACUUGUACCAGUUUCUGAGCUCUAUAACAAAAAUAGCCAGGCACAGACGGAUAAGGCAACUGAAGAUACCGUUGAAUGCAAAGAUGACACGCAAGAAGGCUCGGAAAAUAAAGAGUCCUUGAUGAUCGAGGAGGAUCAAAACGAUAUAGGGCGCAAAGCUCAAUAUAUUGAAAAAGAGAUAGAGAGAAGACGUGGAAUGAUGCAGCGAAAAACGCAAGAUGGAUCCGUAUGUAAUGAAGACGAGGCACGGGAAUGUGGUGACCCAGAUGCGAAAAUAAAAGCACACAUACCGUGUCAACAUCAAAAAGGAUUCUGGCAACAGACGUGGGAGGAAAACCAUCUAGAUAAAAACUUACGGGCUGAAAGCAAAAGAAUAAAGGAAAGUCUGAUGGCGCAAAUGAGCGAAGAACAGCAUAAUAUGGGUCGAAAUGACCAAAAGCAGCAGUCAAAUAAGGGAGGCGGACAACUUGGAGGUCUAGAUCAUACACAAAGGAAAACUAGUAACAUUAGGCAAGGAGGACUGAGUCAUAAGGAGGAAUCUCAGAAAAAAGCCAGUGACCAGGAAACUGAACGAGAUGCAGGCGAUGACACUAAAUGUGAAGAGCAUUCUCCACAGCUUGCUCCGCUAAAUACUCAUUUAUCUAGAGGAUCAUAUCCGUUACCUGCUCGCAGGAACGAUCCGAUCGAACACGAAGUUGUUCCAAUGGUUCUCAGCCCGCGCACCCUACGCACUCGACGAAUCGCCGAGGCAGAAAAGGAGAUGCAACUCAGUGAAAUUGCCAACAACUUGCGAGAUGAUUUACAUAGAGAGAUUAUUCAAAGACAAAUUGAUCAUCAUGGCGAUAACGUAACAGAAUUCGUAAAUCAUUAUUCUUGCUACCUUCCAUCAAUGCGAAAUCCUAACGUGGACGUACGACGAUUCCAAAGGGAUGUGCAUACACCAAAUCUAGAGGAGUUAAAUAUAAAAAAGACGUCGCAAGUGCUGAUAUCAGGUAUUCACGGAGCACCAGAAAGCGGAUGUUCUGAUUCGAGUCCUCCACCCAGGUGCAAUAUCUCUCCUCUAAAUCUGAUAUCACCGCCUGGGCAAUAUACAUUAUAUCAUAUCAUGGAAGGCAACACUCAGGACUAUCUUCACCAAAAACUUUCAGCCGAACAGCCUUCCGAAAAAGAUCGCGCUGAUAAGGGGUGUGCUGCAAAUACUGAAAGUCAAAAACGUCUAGCAACUUCAAUUAACGAAGAAAGAUUGCCUGAUAGCCCCAAUGUAUCUCAUAAAGGAAGGAGGGAUUCAGCACCAAAUCACUUCGACGAAGAAAAGGUAAACGAGAAAAAUAACGCGGGUCGAAAGAAUAGUGUCGUUCGUGGAGCGUCUCCCGAAUCGCUGAGUUCACGAGACACGGAAGAAGUAAAUUUAAGAUUCCGUGUUAAGGAGAGUGAAGCUUCGUCAAGGUCCGAAACGCCGUCGUCGUCAAUUGAAUUAAUUUGCUCUAAAGAUGAUGGUAAGGAUGCACGAUCGGAAUACGCGUUAUUGAUGGGGAAGAAAAUAGAUGAAUCACCAAAACCUACGGCAAUUCCACUUCCGCCUCCCAGUCGAAGACCCUCGUUGCGUUCAUCUUUUAAAGAAAUAGAGGACACUAGUGGUGAAACUUGUACUUUUACUCCAAUGGCGGUUGACCUCGACUUCAAAGUUGACGGGGAAAACUUGAAUACGGCUGUAUCCGAUAAAUCCACAUAUAGCAGCCUGGGAGAUACAACCAAUGGGUGCGCUUCUGGCAACCACAAGCAAGCCUUUAGCUCGAGUCCUGUAGCUUAUUCAUCAAAGUGCACGGCCGCAUCACACGUUAGAAAGCUCAUAACUAAAAACGUCAAACACCAUGUCCCUAAUAUAGUUUCCAAAAGGGUUUUGGGAUUGGAUCUGUACAGUGGCGACGCGCCUAGACCUGAAAACUCCGACAACGAUGAAGAUUCAUUCUUUGGUUGAAUACAAAAUACCGCAGUCAAAGCAAUAUGCAUUCUUACUAUGUAUUAGGUUUUUUGCUAUGGAGGCAACGAUUCAGGGGGUGCAGAUUGCUCUACUUGCUCUACUACUUACUCGAAGGGCUAGCACCCACUGUGUUCUCUUCAGGUGACAUUUACUUCUUUAUACCUUUAUAGCCUUUGUUCAGAUGGGAGCCACUCAGAGAACUACGGAAUUUAUUACCAAGGCAAGCUGUCUAUUCCUUUUCUCACCCGGUUUCCUAGUUAUCGGUAUCAGCUUGCCAGGGCGGCCAAGAGAGCGUUCUUCCCUCUUUGCACCAUAUAUGUAUUCUAUCUGAACUCAGCUCAAUCAUUUUUACCUAGUAGGCUUUGUUUUCUAGUUUCGUCUUAGUUCUGGCAGAACUCAUGAUGCCAAAUCGUUUACAAGACUACCGUGCUUAAUCCAUAGUGGCCUGUGUGCUUCGUCAUAAACAAGAUUCUAUUGGUAUCAAGUAUUGGUCCCAAGAUAGACCCUGUAACAAUCAACGUUUCUGCUGCAUUCCGUGCUUACUACGGCUUUGCGGUCGUCUCUAAAGAAACCGUUCACCACCCUUUUAUCUUCACUACGAUGUACCUCAGCAGACUGCACCAAUGGUAUCAGUUUAAGCUAACAUUCCUGGGACCUUAGUGAUGACACCAAUUCUAGGAGAGCCUUGAUCGGCGUUGGACUUGAUGCCGUCUACUAGGACAUUGUCCCUGGCGUCAACUGUUGCUACCGCUUCUAGUGGAGGGACUGUGGAUGUCUUGAACCUGAUUACGCUUGGCGAUGGUCCUUUUUUAAUAAGCUCUAGAAACCUGUCGUCGCAGUCACUUCGCUCCGCAAUUAAAGAAAGUGUCUUCAAGAAUUUCUUUACCUGCCAUAUUUAUUCUAGCGUAUACCUUUUCUGGUCAUUUAUUCUUGAGCAGAGAUGUAAUCCUCCUUUAAAAGAUAAUCCCUUUUUUAGUCCUACCAUGUCUUGAAUGUGUUUCUUUCGAGUUUCUUUUUUGUCGAUCUCUCUUAUGAUAUCGACUGCGCACCAUUUCCAUCUAUUCUAUCUGGUUCUUCGCUUAAAUCUUUUGUUCCCCUUUAGUGGCUCUACGUUUGUCUUCUUUUAUCGGAGUACCCGCCUUCUUUACGGUGUCUUUUCUUGCUUUCUUUGUGCUCUCGGGGUGUUUGGGACCUUCAUUAUGGCGAAGUUUUGAAUAGUUAUAGUGAAACUAGCUUAUGGAGCUUCAUCCAAAUCGUAUGAAGUUAGACCGGACUUCUUUUUCUUCAGUUCUCUCCUGUUUCCAAGCAUUUAUACUUAAAAAUAGAGCCUUUCCCAGUGUUCAUGCAGUGACCGUUUAUAUUUUAACCUGAAACGGUCUAAUGUGUCUUGGAUCUUUGUCGGCUUGCUUGACUGGACCCUGGCUGCAAUCACCACAAAGCGCAAAUUUUACGAGUAAAGUGGAGUUUUUAAGUUGUCGGUUCCCUAUAUGGAUGAUCAACUCCCAAUUUUUAAACAAGAGUUUUUUUUUUAACAAAAAUUGCACUCCUGCUGUUCAGGCAUUUUUAGGGCAAACAUUACUAAUUAAUACGAAGUUUGAAAAUCCACUUGCUCAUUCGCGCUGCAAAACGUGAGAAAUAAAAAUUUCUCGCUGAUCUGCAUUUUUCUAGUCACAUAAUGACGUAUUUUACAUAUACUUUGUACUCUCUUAAGUCGCUCGGAACCGGUAUAUUUGUCCGAUAUUUAUGGACCGCUUUUUAAAUAUAAGCGUAGAUAAGGUAAGCACAGUUGAUUAGCUUAUCAGUAAGGUUAGCUUGUUACAUUCAAACAUGAUAUUGUGACAUAAACAAUGCACUUCACUAGCUUUCAGUUUUGACAGCUUUUUUAAAAGAAGAUAAAAAAUGACUAGAAGUAGUUUUGGAAAGCUCACUCUAAAUGGUGUGUUGUUAUUUUAUUUGUACACUUGCAAACAUUUGCACCAGACUGUUGCAUACAUUUGUACAUUUAACGAUAUAUCAACGGAGAGUGCUCUGUACCCCGUGUCUCUAAACGGUAUUGCGGCGGCGUUGUGUUCACACUUCAUAGAUAAAAAAAUAAGCGUGUUUUCAGGUGCUACCGUCGCAUUUCCAUCGUGGAGAUCUAAGUUUAGGCGUGAGAACGUGUAUCGCAUUUUGAUGCAGCUCAUUAAGAGCUUUCAAUUGGUAUUAAGAUCAGGCCUCCGUAAAGGUCUAUGUAAGACUCCAUGUUUGCUCGUUUGUCCACGAUCUAACCAGGAGAACAAACUGUGGACAAAAAACCCCACCCCUAAAACUUAGUUACACGCAUCCAUUAGAAAUUCCAAACAAAAACCAUCACAAAGACUCUGAGUACUUACUCUAAGUUAUAAUAAUAGACUGUACACUAAUAAACGAGUGAACUUUUAGCACUAAACUAAGCUGCACGACAAUGUUAAUGACUGCAACUUAAGUGUCGUUUAACUGCGUGACGGCGGUGGAACCGCCUUCAGACGCCGGCAUCCCACAUGAAGAAGCGGCGCUGUUACCGUAUUCGCCCCGUUUUUGAGUGGGAAGACGUCGGUUUAAGUAUAGGAACUUGUAGGUUAUUGAGUUUAUUGCAAGCUUUUGAUUGGCGUGAAGAAAUACUAUGGCUUUCAUAUGCCACACAUACUCUUAGCAUACUCCUAAAUCAACUCAUCAAAAAAAAAAUAAAAAAUCGGACCUUACAGGCAGGCAUCCACACAAACACCACUAGCCCCAAUAAAUAUAAAUUAUAUUCGGUAGAUAGUAGAUGAAUAUGAUUGUUAGACGAGUUCAUAUAUUAGCUAUAGUCUUCACAACGGGCGAAACAAAUUUAGCGAGUUGCUUCCGCAGCUUUCCGGCAUCGGCAAAAAAUCAAUUUUACAAAUUCACUUCAUAAUAUGACAACUUUAGAGUACAUACCAAAAGUAAAAUUUGUGAACUCAAAAAAGCGAUGAAAACUGUUUUAUAAUAAAAGUAAACAAGAAUGGAGGUUUUCAGAAAUAUCUAAUACCUGGCCAUCAGCAAACGAAAAAUAAGAGGAGCGAGACAAUAAACAAAAACCGUUAUUACUUUCAGCAUGAUUUAAUAACUGCUACUAAUGGCACAAGAUGUUUCUUCUAACUUUAAGCUUUGUUUAGCUGAAUCAUAACUGUUCAGAACUUAAUUGUUAACUCUGGCUGGAUACUGGAAAAUCAACCAAACAACCAUUUGUCGGACAUGCGGCUCAAAAUAGAACACCAUCCUUUUGAUAAGUUUAGUGUACCGUCAAAUGAUUAAGACUAAUUUCAUACCGCUUCAAUGACAAAUGGCGGAUGCUACAUGUCGCUCAACGCUGUCAGUUAUGAUGUAUAACACAAAUGCCACGUAAUUUGAGGUAAUAUACAGAUCAUAGUACAGAUUGUGGCUCGGUCAAGGACACAGUCGACAUCAUAGUUAAGGCUAAUAGAAAAGUCCCAUAUCCUUGUUAUCGGCUCUAUAAGUAAGCAAGGUAAUGUUAUUAUAAUAUUUUGCCUGGUGAUAGGUGUUUUGUUGAUGUACGCUAGGGGUCGAACUAGCAAUGUGCCUGUCCCAGCGUAUCAGUAGCGGUACACCAUUCGCUUACUUUACUUCACCGUAUAAAAGAUAUCUUUAUGUUCUCGUUUCUCAAGGCAGUUGCGGUAAUUUGGUUAGGUAAUGGAAAGUUGAGUUAUUAAAAUCCUCAUUUUGCUCAUCGAAAGGCCUGUACUCAAGCUAUACUACGUACCAUCAAUAAGCUAUUAUUGUAUAUAACCAAUAAGAUCCCUCGAAAAGACACACAACACAAGAGCUUGCGAAAUACGUUUUUUAACAUGCAAUAUGUUUUUAAAUACACUUCUUUCUUUACAAAAUGGUAAAAUACUUUAAUUAGCAAUUGUUUUCGAAAAUAAUUGUUAGCCUACUGUUUCUUUUUGGCACGGUUAAGCAAGCUUUACAAUAUCGCCUUUUUGGUAAGUUUCACUACUAUUCACGAAAAAUUCCACACCAAUAUGUUAGGCUUGCUAACAAUAUUCAGUUUCAAUAAAUUGGAAAAAUAUAUAGUUGUCAACAAUAAAAGGCCUUUGUCGAUCAGUGCAGUUAGAAAUACCUACAAUAAAGAUUGAUGUCAUAGUAUUCCCUCGUAUUAACUUUCCUGUUAAUACGGGAGAAUCAAGCAACUAGACUUAGUCAGAUAUAAAGCAGCUAUUCACGAAUCUUUUUAUCGGAUUGUUCAAAGCUAUUUAGCAGGUCUAAAACCCCAAGUAACGUUUAGACUGUAUAAAGUAGAACAGCGAUAGUUUUGGGAAACAUAAGGAACUGAGACGAUGGUUUGUUUCAGUUUUUUCUUAGUCCAGGCCGUAAUUGAAUCGUGGCCAUAAGGUCGUGUGUUGUCGUUGAACCACACAUCCAUGAGGCUACUUAGAAAUUUGAAACUUGGCAGCAUUGACUUUUUUUUUGACAAUACUUCAUAAUAUCAGAUCAUUUUUGAUUGCGAAUAUGAUUGGGAGAUUAAACUUGAAGUUGUUCGAUACUACUGCGGAAGUUUUCUGUCCUAAUCAAUACCAUUCCUACGGCCAAGCCUUUUCUAAUGCGCGGCACAGAGUGAUUUAUGUCUCGUUCAUGGCGGCGGUGUUUUCUAGGCGGAUAUCUUGUAAGUAAUAGUUGCGUAAAUUGUCUCUAGAGUACACCAUACGUGUUGCCACCUCAGUUCAUGUAUGUUUGCUUUACCUUUUUAUCUUCAGUAUUUUCAUAAUAAUUUUAUAACAUAUGGUUCAAGGAAUCUUAUAUUAAGUCAUCAAAGGACUGUUUUUUUUCUUUUAACUCAAAGGGCUGAUCAUAGCAACUCGUUCUUUCCUUAAAAGCCGCGAAAUGUAUUCGUUUCCUAAGCGGCACUCAAUUUCACACCGUUUUUAAAAAUGAUUGCGUUAGUUACGAGUUAUUUCACUGAACGCUUCUUGUAUUUUCACCAAUCCUUAAUAAAUUCCGUUGGCGCUUUUACCUUCGAGAAAUAGAAACUUAAUCACUAAGUAUUGAUUUUCAGCAUUAAAUUAUAUCGUUGUGCUUGCAGUCGUUAAGGAACACCUCGUAGUCCGUAACAGUUAUAUCAGUACAUAACAAUAAAGUAAUUUAGGUAUUUUAUUUUUGGUUCCUUAACACUCUGGUAUGCUCAGCCAGUCGAUACGCGACAGUUUGAACUCACUCGAUAUAGUUAUAGUAUUGUUGCAUUUUAUUAUUCCACCUAUUUUUUUUGGUUAGUGUUAGCAUACGGUCCACGAAAUCAUUAGCUGUGUCUGUGGGCGAGAAAAAGACGGAUACAAGCUUUAUCACACUCUGUGAAAAAGUGAUUCUACUACCAACGACGUCGAACAGGAAGGGUCAUAUAUCCAUUUUUAAGCACGGUAUUUUAUUCCUUACAAGCAAACUACUCAAAGCCGUAAUCUUCUGUCUCUCCAGAAUACUUCUAUGAAGUCAUUGCAGCUUCAUUCAGCGGAAAUUACCUGUUCCAUCGAGAGUCAUGUUUUCGCUAUUAGGGCGAUGCGUACCUUUUGAUUUCUAGAUAUCAGUGGGGAGCGUCUGUAGUCCCAUUUUUAGGGAGUGAGCGUGCAUUUAAGCAACUUAGAUUCAUAUUUAUGGGAGAUAUAACCUGGUACGUUGUUGCUGUUGAUUGCUAAUCAUUCCAAGAAUUUUGUUUACGGUCAUAAAGAAUAUUGUAAAACAAUCAGACCGGAAAUAAAAGCAAACAGGUCGCUAAUAGAUUCAAUUCACUUUCAUUAGUAUAACAUAUCAUGAAAACUUGUCUAUUACUCAAAUCAAGGGUGUGUAUUUAAAUAGGCAUAUAUAAAUAUCAGGUAAAAUUAUUAGGUGAAAGAGCAUAGCACAAUAAGGGGAAUUAUGUUAGCCGUUGGCUAUAAAAUAUACAUAAUAACGGUAUGAACCAGAUGCUGUUGCUGUAGUAGUUGCUGACCUAGUAUUAGUUAUUUGAUUUCAAUGCUUAGCGUACGGAAAUUUGAGACACAGAUAAGACCGUUGUUUUUCUUAUGACGGUGAAGAUAACCUUUUUAUCAUAUAUGUAGAUGAUACAAAACGUGAGCUUCAUUUGCAAAUGCCUGAUUUUUUCAACAUUCAAAGUUAAACAAACUUUUUUUAGAUACUACGAGAUGCUAGAAAACCAUUACAUAUACACUUUUUUUUGUUAGCUGAGAUGUCGGUCGUUCUAGUAAACCAAAAAAUAUUCAGUUAACAAUAAUAAGGUUAAUACCCAAAUUUAAGUACGGCUAGUGUCACAACAGGUGAUUUUCUCGCCUAUUUAGCUUGAAUCUGUUCAUAUAUGUGUAACAUCAUCACACCGUAUGCGGUGAAAUUACAUAGAGGAAGCCUCUAAAGUACUGUCAAAGCGGCU